AUGGCGAAGCACGAUUACACGGUUCCUCUCUUCAUUAGCGGCGAGGAGCGCGUCACCGAAGCGACAUUCAACGUCAUGUCGCCGGCUACCGGUGAAGCCAUCCACAAGUGCUCCAGUGCCUCUCAAGCCGAUGCAGAAGAUGCAGUUAACGACGCAGCUAAGGCGUUCCCGGCAUGGCGGAAAUUGCCUCCCGCGAAGCGCCGGAAAUAUUUCCUAAAGGCAGCUGAGGUCAUGGAGAGUCGGAGAGAAGAGCUCGCGGGGUACAUGGUCAAUGAGACCGGCAGCACGCAGCAAUGGGCCGACUUCAACCUCUCUACAGCCAUUGAGAUCCUCGAAGAUGUUGCAGGGAGGACAGUGACAAUCGAGGGCUCUGUGGUCAACACUGCGAACGAGAACGUCACCGCCAUGGUGUUGAAGGAACCUUACGGAGUUGUCCUUGGCAUUGCUCCCUGGAACGCACCAUAUAUUCUUGGGGUGAGAGCCAUAGCCUACCCGCUCGCUGCUGGCAAUACCGCCAUCUUCAAGGGCAGCGAACUCUCACCAAGGGUCAUGUGGGCGAUCGUCUCGUGCUUUCACCAAGCGGGCUUCCCCGCUGGCGUCGUCAACUUGAUUAUUCAUGCGCCUCGCGAUGCGCCCGCCAUCACAUCGGCCCUUGUAGCUAACCCUGUGAUCAAGAAGAUCAACUUCACCGGCAGCACUGGCGUGGGACGCAUCAUCGCCAAGCUGGCCGCAGAGCAUCUCAAGCCCGUCCUCCUCGAACUGGGCGGCAAGGCCCCGGCCAUCGUGUGGGAGGACGCUGAUCUCACCCAAGCUGCGGUCCAGUGCACUCUCGGCGCCUUCCUGCACGCCGGCCAGAUUUGCAUGAGCACCGAGCGCAUCAUUGUACACAAGACGGUGCGCGCGCAGUUUGAGAGGGAACUGGUGGUGGCGAUGGACAAUAUCUUCCCCGCCAAGGGCGAUGCGCCUGUCCUCAUCUCUAAUGCGGCAAUGCGCAAGACGGCGAAACUUAUCCGCGAUGCACUCGACAAAGGUGCCUCGGUCGUGGCCGGCGAGGUGCCCACGGGCGAUGGGUCAGGAACAACCACGAGGAUGCGCCCCAUUGCUGUGGGAGGUAUCUCCCCCGAGAUGGACCUGUACGCCACCGAGAGCUUCGGGCCAUCCGUCGCUCUAUUCGAAAUCGCGACCGAGGAAGAAGCGCUCCGGCUGGCAAAUGAUACGAAGUACGGCCUAUCCUCGGCUGUAUUCACUUCGGACAUGCGGAUGGCGUUACGCUUCGCGCGGGAGAUUGAGACCGGAGCUGUGCACAUAAACAGCAUGAGCGUACAUGAUGAGCCAGGCCUACCGCAUGGUGGAGCCAAGGCGAGCGGCUACGGGAGGUUCAACGCGUCUGUCGGGCUGGAUGAGUGGGUGAGGACCAAGACGGUGACGUUUUCGGUCUGA